AAUCGGGAGGAUCUGGUGUACCAGGCGAAGCUGGCAGAGCAGGCUGAGCGAUACGACGAAAUGGUGGAAUCGAUGAAGAAAGUAGCAGGGAUGGAUGUGGAGUUGACAGUUGAAGAAAGAAACCUCCUAUCUGUUGCAUAUAAAAAUGUGAUUGGAGCCAGAAGAGCUUCCUGGAGAAUAAUCAGCAGCAUUGAACAGAAAGAAGAAAACAAGAGAGGAGAAGACAAACUAAAAAUGAUUCGGGAAUAUCGGCAAAUGGUUGAGACUGAGCUAAAGUUAAUCUGUUGUGACAUUCUGGAUGUACUGGACAAACACCUCAUUCCAGCAGCUAACACUGGCGAGUCCAAGGUUUUCUAUUAUAAAAUGAAAGGGGACUACCACAGGUAUCUGGCUGAAUUUGCCACAGGAAAUGACAGGAAGGAGGCUGCGGAGAACAGCCUAGUGGCUUAUAAAGCUGCUAGUGAUAUUGCAAUACAACUUCCACCAACGCAUCCUAUUCGCCUAGGUCUUGCUCUCAAUUUCUCCGUAUUCUCCUAUGAAAUUCUUAAUUCCCCUGACCGUGCCUGCAGGUUGGCAAAAGCAGCUUUUGAUGAUGCAAUUGCAGAACUGGAUACGCUGAAUGAAGAAAGCCAUAAGGACUCUACACUUAUCAUGCAGUUGUUACGUGAUAAUCUGACACUAUGGACUUCAGACAUGCAGGGUGAUGGUGAAGAGCGGAAUAAAGAAGCGCUGCAGGAUGUGGAAGACGAAAAUCAGUGAGACAUAAAAGCCAACAAGAGAAACCAUCUCUGACCACCCCAUUCCUUCCCAUCCCACCCCCAUUGGAAAUUCCCCCAUUGUCACUGAGAACCACCAAAUCUGACUUUUACAUUUGGUCUCAGAAUUUAGGUUCCUGCCCUGCUGGGUUUUUUUUUUUUUUUUUUUAACCAUUUUCAAAAGUUCAUAAAGGCAAGAGUGAAUUUCUGUGGAUUUUACUGGUCCCAGCUUUUAGGUUCUUUAAGACACUAACAGGACUGCAUAGAGGCUUUUUCAGCAUUACUGUAUUGUCUCCUGCCAGGUGGGUCAAGAUCACCAUUAGAAAUGGAAAUGGUAUCUGAAAGCUAUUAGACUUCUAGGUGACGUGAGCAUCUAAGAGAGAGGUUAAUCACACUAUGAGGCAUUGUGGUAUUAUUUUUCCUUUUUCUAAUUGUUUAAAUUGAGUUUUAUACCAAUGUUUAAAAUUAAUUGGGUGUUAGCUUGAGGUGGUUAAAAGUUGUUCGGAGAGUUGUAAUGGUUUUGCUGUAAAAAGUGUUUCAAACUCUGCUGAAAUGUUGCUGAAAAGCAUGGUGCUGGUAACAGUUCAACAAUCCGUGGCUGCUCAUUCCUGCCUACUUUCACUCUCCCUCUAAAGCAGGUUAGCAUUGAAGGUGGUAUGGAAAAGCCUGCAUGCGUGUUCAAUUCUUUGUUUCUUCUCCUUCCCUCUCCCCCAGGGCCCCCCCUUCCCUACUUCGCUCGCUCAACCUCUUUUGUUCAGUAUGUGUAACUUGAAGCUAAUUUGUACUACUGGAUAUCUGACUGGAGCCACAGAUACAGAAUCUGAAUUGUUCUUACUGAAACACAGCAUGGAAUUAACAUUAAACUUAAAUAAAACAAACCUAAAUUAAAAAUGCCAAAAAAAA